AUGUUUUUUUUCUAUUUUUUAUUUAUAGUAUCGUCUUUAUCAAAUAGUAACAUUAACUCCCUAGAUAGUAAAGUUAAUGUAUUUUAUCAUUCCAUAAUAUAUAGAUUAAAGCUUACGACACAGGGUUUAUUAGAUAAAGAUGUAAAAGAUGUAUAUAAGGACAUGAUAAGACCAAACAGAUUUCAUAUAGAAGUAUAUUACUAUAGUUUAUAUUAUGAUAUUAAUUUAAUUGUGAAAAAGUAUGAUGGUAUGACUUCAUAUAAAAAAGUGUUUAAAUGUUAUUUGGAAAGCAUUAAUAAUUUGUUAUAUUGGAAUAGUGUAGAACUUAGGAUUCCUAAAUAUUCAUAUCUAUUUUAUAUUUGUAAGAAUAAAUAUUUAACAACAACAAAUACAAUCCAAGAUAGUUAUAUAUCUUCUACUACUAAAGUUACAUGCUUUUUAUUAAAUCUUAGAGAGAAAUUUACUUCAAUAAUUUACUACAGACAUCAUUCACGAGAAUUAUAUAAUUUAUUAUUCUACACAUUCUCAUUACUACAUUCUAUAGAAAGUAGUUAUAUUAAUGAUGCUCUCAUUCAUUUUUCUAUGAUCUAUAUAGUCAUUUCUAAACUCAAUGAAGGAGAGACUCUAACUUUGGUGUGUAUUUAUUAUUUGUUGGAUAAAAUUAUUGAUAGUUUAAUGCCUUUAUCACAUGUUACAAAAUCAUUUAUUUCACUUAAAUCUAUAAUUCUUGACAUUGAUAAUUUCCCGCAAAGUAAUCACGAGAACGUUUUAAGAUAUAAAAGUUAUAGUUAUAUUUUAAUGCUAGAAAAUUUAAUAAAACGCAAAAGUAUGUAUUCAGAAAGGCCUUAUUGUAAAAUAUAUAGCAUUAAGCCGGAGGUCAAUGAAAAUGAAGAUAAAAUAGAAAAAAUAGAAAAUCUUAUUUCAAUAUUUUACCAAAGUUAG